AAGUUCUGUGUGAGCUAUGGACGACUUAAGUCUGUAAGACCGUGCCUGGUUCGCUACCAUGAAGAUUAAUGACAAUACUUUACUAGAGGGACACAAAGUCGUGCUGGUUCCUUAUAAUGCAGAGCACGUGCCCAGGUAUCAUGAGUGGAUGAAGUCUGCAGAGCUGCAGCAGCUGACUGCUUCAGAGCCGUUGACCCUGGAGCAGGAGUACGACAUGCAGACGAGGUGGAGGGAAGAUAAUGACAAAUGCACAUUCAUCAUCUUGGACAAGCAGCAGUGGGCUGACCCCAGUGUGGAGGAGGAGCAGUGCAUGGUGGGAGAUGUCAACAUCUUCCUAACUGACCCCUCAGACCUAUCCCUGGCAGAGCUGGAGAUCAUGGUGGCAGAGCCGAGGUACAGAGGGAAGGGCAUCGGGAAGGAAGUGACGUGCAUGAUGAUGUGCUAUGGAGUCACCAAACUUGGGAUCAGAAAGUUUCAAGCAAAAAUCGGGCUGGACAACCAGAUCAGCAUCGCCAUGUUCAAGAAGCUACACUUCCAGGAGGUGUCGGUGUGCAAAGUGUUUAAAGAAGUGACCCUUGAGUUGAGGGUGGAUGAGUCCAUUCAGACGAAGCUGCAGGAUGAUGCAGCCCACAUGAAAGAAAGAGACUACAGACAAACCUGCAGCAACAGAAAGAAGCUGGUUUCGCAGUGAUAUGUCGAGCUCAGCUGAACUCUCGCCUCCUAAAGACUUCAAGUCAUGAUCAGAUCGGUCUGCACUUAGAUGAGAGAAAAUGCAGGACAAUGAGCUGAAAGCUGGAACAUGGAGCUUGUGAAGCAUGACCCUUGAGUCAGGGUUGAGGUAUGGCAAAUGACACAACAACAGGAAUGAAAAUCAGCGGCAGCAGGUCACAUGGAGCCAUGAAUCCUUCCUUUAAUCCAUGUAUGAUCAUCUUGACAGAGACCAGAACAAAACGCAGCAAAGAAGCCUGGAGGAGUAUUUCUGGAGACUACUUAAAUGUCAAGAAAGCUCAUCUAAGAGGGUUUCAGAGUAAAAAUGAUCAAACCAAAUGCUGAAUUUCAGUAUUGUUAGAACUGCACAAACUGACUGAAGAGUUAAACAAGGCUUGUUUUAAAUCUAGUUUGUAGUCAAUGAAAGUCUGUAAUAUUUGAACAAAAACACAUUUUCAGUUUAAUACAGAGUAGAUUAAAGCCUUGUCCUGGCUUGUCUCUAUAACAACCCUGUGUUUUAAAUUUAAACCACUAGUGCAAAACCAGACAAAAAUAUUGGCAAAAGUUAAAUUUAUAUGUUUACAUUUGAUUUAAUAUCAUAACCUCCUGUUAAAACCUUAUGGUAUUAAAGUCUGAACGGUUAUGUCUGAAGCAGGAUAGGAGCGAAGAUAAAGAGCACUCAAGAACAGCAAGCAUCUUCUUUCAGGUUUGAACGUUUUGGUGCCCCAACUGGGAUUUAAUAAUAAAUCAUGUCAGAAAGAGUGUUUCUAUCCUCUCAGGCACAGACAAUAAUCAGAUUGCAACACAUCUCUUGUACAAUAAAACAAACAUAUUUGGCUCAUA